UUGAAGCAGCUCGAGCUUCAGUUGAGACGGACACACACGGAGGGACCACUGCACUGUGUGUGUGUGUGUGUGAGGGAGUGUGUACCAGUGUGUGAGUGUGUGUGGGACUCUCAGACUGUGUGUGAGGAGCGUGUGCGCGUGCUGAGGGGUCUCGCGCCAACAGAAUCAUAGGAUUUGGACUCGAUCGAGUUCAUGAGGAGUUGAAUGUGAAACAAAUUGAGGACGACACAACGAACCCCAGAUCUGAUGCUUCCCGCCAUGACCAUGGAAACCGAGGCCAGUCACAUGCUGGAGGCGGCGCUGGAGCAGAUGGAUGACAUCAUCGCAGGUUCCAAAGCAGCAGCCGUGGACUUUUCUCACAACAUGUAUGACCUGGGUUCUCCCAUGAGCGCCGGCCCGCUGCAGGUGGUCCAGUUGGCCGAGGACCUGAAACUCGCCCUGGAGCUCCAGCCCAGCCAGGAGGAGAGAGAGAGUGUGAGAGCACAGAUACACACAGAGACGGCCCAGGCUCUGAUCCACUGGCUGCAGAGCGGAGCUGUGAACUUGUGUUCUCCAGUCAGCAAUGAAACCUACCAGGACCGGCUGCUCCGCCUAGAGGGGGACAAGGAGUCUCUGGUGCUGCAGGUGAGCGUCCUGACCGACCAGGUGGAGGCGCAGGGAGAGAAAAUCCGAGACCUAGAAACUUCUCUGGAGGAACACCGGCAGAAACUGGCCUCCACUGAGGAGAUGCUGCAACAGGAGCUGAUCAGCAGGACGGGUCUGGAGACUCAGAAGCUGGAUCUGAUGGACGAGGUGUCCUGCCUCAAACUGAAGCUGGUCGGCAUGGACGAGACGCACACAGACACACAACCACAAGAUGCCGUGGACACGAAGCAGAACAAAGCCGAGUGUGUGGUAAACCUCAUCAGUGAGCUCCAGGAGCAGAUGUGCAGGUUUCAGGCAGAGAUCAGCACUCGCAUCCAGGAGAAACGGGCCCUGGAGGAGCUGGAGGCCCAGCAGGGGGAGCCCAGAGGAGGCCCAGCCCAGGGCCAGGAGCCUCAGCCUGGGUUAGCCGGCUCUGACCUCAGCCUGCCCGGCCCUGACGCCUGGAUGCACAAUGGAGGACAGACUGUACACCAGGAUUUGUUACGAGAAGUGAAUCAGCUGAAAAACAAAGUGGACGAGCUGGAAGGAGAGAGGAGUCGAUACGAGAAGAAACUCAGAGCCACCAAGGCCGAGAUCUCCGAGCUGCAGCAGCUCUUGGCCUCCAGAGACGCAGAGAUCGAGUGCCUGCAGACUCAGCUGCUCGCCAGGGACGGCUCGGCCAACGACAACGCAGAGAGAGACCAGGAGUACCAGAGGUUGAAGGUGGGGAUGGAGACUCUGCUGGCGUCUAAUGAGGAAAAGGAUCGUCGGAUCGAGGAGCUGACGAUCCUCCUCAGCCAGCACAGGAAGAUGAGGGAGGUCCUCGCUCUCACUCAGGGGAGCAGUGAGGAGGAGCUGAGCGGCAGUUUGAAGCUCAGAGCCAUCACACACAAAGCUCACUCCGACAUCCUCCGGUCCGAGAUCUCCUCCAGAGGAUCUUCUCCACUGAUGUUAUCAUCCUCACCGUACCAGAGAGAACUGGACUUAAGCCUCCAAAACUCAAUGGACACAUCGUUGGUGUCGACUGCAGAUACGAGCUUCUUCAACGGUUCCUGGCACCAGCGCAGGUUGUUGUCCAGCAGCCUGGAGGAGCUGCAGAGUGGAUCCUUACAAAAGGCUGUAGAGGUCCAACCUGCUGAGAGUGAAUCAGAUGUGAGGGCAGAGAAUCCCGACCUGGAGCUGAGCAGGUAUCAGACGCUACCUGGGAAACGAAGUAAAAAGAGCGAGCGGAGACCUGAGACGAACGGAGACGGAGAAUACUCGUCCCCCUCGCAGCUGUCCCCUGUUCACAGCCCGGAGCAGGACUACAGGCUGAGACAUCCAGAGAGGCUGGACGAGUUCGUCCUCUCAGACCAGUCCCCUCUGUCCUCCGGGGUGGACUCUGGACAACAGUCACCGGUCUCACCAGAGAACAGGAAGAGUCACCGAGGCAUUAAGAAGCUCUGGGGGAAGAUCCGCCGCAGCCAAUCAGGAAGCCCCGUCCAGGUUAUGGACCCGGAGCUGGGAGAGUUUAAGAGAGGAGGCUUCAGAGCCACAGCUGGACCCCGACUGGCCCGAUCAGGGAACACACGAGACCUGAAGUUGCCUUUCUCCAAGUGGAGCACAGAUCAGGUGUGUGAUUGGCUCGAGGACAUUGGACUCGGCCAGUACACCGUCUUUGCUCGCCACUGGGUCACCGCCGGUCAGACUCUCCUGUCGGCCACCCCACAGGACCUGGAGAAGGAGAUGGCGAUGAAGAACCCUCUCCACAGGAAGAAGCUUCUUUUGGCCGUCAGGACGUUCAGCAGCAAGCAGCCGGAGAAGUCCUCGGAGCUCGAUUACAUCUGGGUCACACGUUGGCUGGACGACAUCGGCCUCCCUCAGUACAAGGAUCAGUUCAAUGAAGGACGAGUGGACGGACAGAUGCUGCAGUUCCUCACCGUGAAUGACUUGUUAUUCCUCAAAGUGACGAGUCAGCUCCAUCACCUCAGCGUCAAGUGUGCGAUUCACGUUCUCCACGUCAACAAGUUCAGCUCCAACUGCCUGAAGCGCAGGCCAGGCACUGAGAACCAGUUCUCUCCCAGUGAAGUGGUCCAGUGGUCCAACCACCGGGUGAUGGAGUGGCUGAGAUCCGUGGACCUGGCGGAGUACGCUCCGAACCUGCGGGGCAGCGGCGUGCAUGGAGGACUCAUAAUGCUGGAGCCUCGCUUCAACUCGGACACGCUGGCCCUGCUGCUGAACAUCCCUCCUCAGAAGACGCUGCUGAGACGCCACCUCACCACCAACUUCGACAACCUGGUGGGCGGCCAGGCGCAGCAGGAGAAGAAGGAGUACACGGAGGCGGCCGGCUGCUCCCCCCUCAGCAUCGCGGCCAAAGUGAAGCCAAAGAAGUUGGGUUUCUCGAACCUGACUCACCUCCGGAGGAGACGAGCGGACGAGUCCACAGAUUACGUCUGUCCCAUCGAGUCGCCUCAGUCGGGACAGCCCGUGUCCAACGGGACACAGAUGCGUCCGUACGCCGGCUUCAGAGGCCUGAGCCCCAUCCUGGACCGGGAGCCGGACCACUCCAGGGACCAGUCCAGGGACCAGUCCAGGGACCAGAUGGCGAGCACAGAGGGCACCAUGUUGCAAAUAGAAGCUCUGUCUGAAAGCAUCAACAACCUCACACUCCUGCUCAGCCGGGAGGAGCUGCAGAAGGAGAGGAGGCGGGCGCUCGUUUGACACUGACCAAACGCU